GCGAAAACGUGUCGGAAAACGUGCAUGGUCUUCGUUUCGUCCACAAGCUGAGGGCCAGGACAGCAUCCGCCCAAGCGGCUAUUUAUAAGAUGCUCUGUGCUUCACGCCCCUCUCCCAACAAGUAACGAGCUUCAGAUGCAUCGCUUUUUCCUUCUCGCAACGGCGGCAGUAUCGUCCCUCGUCGCUGCCGCCCCUGCUGCACCCGGUGUCGAGGUCAGGGACGCCCACUUCAACCCCCUCGAGCACCUUGGUGGGAACAGCCCAUUUUUUGCGGGUCCCAAUGUAUUCGGUAUUGAUCCAGAACCGCCCGCGAAUUGCGUAGUCGACCAGGCCGCUUUUACGUCUCGCCACGGCAGCAGAUAUCCAGACCCUGGAGCUUGGGACCAAUGGAAUGCUCUUCGUAACAAGAUCCAAGCGGCGAAUUUCACUGUCACUGCUGGGGGCUUGAAUUUCUUGCACACCUGGAAGCCGGUGGUUCGAACUCCCUCAUCCAACAACCAAAAACUGUCCAUCACGGGCUGGAAGGAGCUCCAUCAAAUGGGAACCCAGUAUCGCUUUAGAUACGAUCCGUCAUUCUUCGAUGACAAUGGAAUGGAAUUCCAUCUGUGGGCGAACCAAUAUCCCGCAUCGCCUCGCGUGAUCGACUCCGCUCGUUUGUUUGCGCAGGGAUACCUUGGCCCAAAUGCCACAGCCGUCGGUCAUGUGCAUCCCGUAGCGAGCCGUGAUCCCCGCUCGAUUGCCAAUAGUCUGGCGGCUUCCGACCUGUGCCUCAAAUACGUGGACAAUGGAGGCGGCGAAGCUUUCAAUACCUUUGCCGCCACGUACUUGCCGCAAAUGACAGCGCGGCUCAACUCCAAGAUCCGGGGUGGGUUCAACUUCACCACAGCCGAUGUAUACAUUAUGCCGUACCUCUGCGGCUUCGAAACACAGAUUACGGGCAAAAGAUCCCCUUGGUGUGGUCUUUUUGCGCCUCAUGAGUUCGAAGCUUACGAGUACGCGCAGGACUUGCGCUACUAUUUCGGCCACGGACCCGGCAACCGGCUAGCUGGCAAAGUGAUGCUGCCGUUCUUGUCGGCCGUCAUCGACCGUUUUGUCGACGGGCCCGACGCGACGUAUACAAACUCGGAUGGAAGCACCUUCAAGCCAAACAAGCUGAUUGCGACAUUCACCAACGACGGGAACGUCAAUCAAAUCGUGGCCGCCUCCGGGAUCUUCGACGACCAAGCCCCUUUACCCGGUGAUGCCAUCCCUCGCAACCGGAUCUUCCGCGCGACCCGAUACACAUCCAUGCGGGGCACCAUCACCUUCGAGCGUCUCAACUGCGGCAAACGAGGCUUGUUCGUCCGAGCGAAGCUCAACGACGCCGUGUACCCCAUCGCCAAGUGCCAGAACGGGCCCGACAGGAGCUGCAAGUUAUCGGACUACCAGGCACUUUUGAGAAAGCGGCUGGAGGAGGCUGGUCCUUUCCAGACUUUCUGCGGUGUAGUGAACUCCACCAUCCCUGUAGGGUUAGAGAAAACGACUUUCUUGAAAGACAUAACAUUGCCUUUCGAGUUUGAUGUUAAGCCUUAGAGUAGAUAGGGCUUUUUUACAGAUGUGCCUCUCGACCCCAUAAAAAGUCAUAUAAAAGGGUUCGCCAAAUCGACUGCAUUGCUAGCCUGCAUAAAACAUGCGACCAUACAUUGAAGGUCACAAUACUAUAGCAACGAACGAGAUCUAGAAGUUUCCUAAUUCGGUUAUGUAAAAU